UUUAUUUACGAGGAAGAGAGCAAAAAUGUGAAACACAGACAAAUGUUCUACUCUCUCGCCUUUCAAAGGUUCUCUCUCAUGGCGCCCAAACCCCGUCGCCUCCAUCCCCUUGCAGAGGCAUCGUUACUAAACUCCGCCAAGAAGCCCAGGAAAAUGUCGACGAGCUCUGCCAUGAAGGAAGGUUUCGUGAAGUAUGCGCAAUAUCUCAAUGAAUUUAAUGACAAGAGGGAGAGAGUGGUGAAAGCAAGUCGUGACAUCACCAUUAACAGUAAAAAAGUUAUUUUUCAGGUGCACAGGAUCAGUAAAGAUAAUAAAGAAGAAGUUCUGGAAAAGGCAGAAAAGGAUCUAGCUGCUGUUACUGAUCAAUAUAUGUCCCGGCUAGUAAAAGAAUUGCAAGGAACUGAUUUUUGGAAGCUCAGACGAGCAUACUCUCCUGGGGUACAGGAAUAUGUUGAAGCUGCAACUCUUUGUAAAUUCUGCAAGACUGGGAAACUCUUGAAUCUUGCUGAGAUAAAUGCUAAUUUGCUACCACUGAGUGAUCCAUCUCAAGAGCCCUUGCAGAUUAAUGUCCUUGACUAUCUGUUGGGGCUUGCUGAUUUGACAGGAGAGCUGAUGAGACUAGCCAUUGGUCGAAUAUCAGACGGUGAACUUGAUUAUGCAGAGAAGAUAUGCUCAUUUGUUCGUGAGAUCUACAGGGAGCUAACUCUGCUUGUCCCGAAUAUGGAUGACAAUGCUGAGAUGAAGAAGAAAAUGGAGACUAUGCUUCAAAGUGUAGUGAAGAUAGAAAAUGCCUGCUUUAGUGUUCAUGUGAGAGGAUCAGAAUAUGUUCCUUUACUAGGAUCCAGUGAUCCAGGUUACUCUUUCUUGGGUGUGCCAGACGUUGAACUUUGAACUUUGACUCAUGCGGAAACAUCAUGAUAGAAGGGUUAUUUGUUAAGCAAUAGGUGAUAUUCUUGUUCUUUGCCAGAAAAAAAUGGAGAUUUAAUCUAAUAGCAAACAGAAGGAAAGAUGGUAGUAGGUUUCAAGCAUAUGACAAUAUCCACAGAGGUUGGCUUUGGGUGGCGGGAUGCAGCAGGAAUGGAAGAUGCAUUUCUCUAUUAACGUAUUAUUCAUUCAUUUACUAGUUAGCAUCGUCUGGACAUUUUCCAACUUUGGCGGAAAAAGGUUUGCAUUUGGAUCUUCCUGUUUGUAGUGUAAAUUUCAGAUGCACUUGCACAAAUGCAUGGGAGUGCAAAUUUUGGUUCCCAUUUGGUUGACUUAGCUUUAUUUAUUUGAGAGUUGUUAAGCCGGAAGUAAAUGAUGUGGCCCCCAUCGUAUAUGUGAGAGAAUGAAGAAUGAAAGAUGGGAAGGGAUCACUUUUUAGGAUAUAAAAUUUGCACCUCUGCAAAUACUUGCGAAAGAGCAAAAUUUACCUCA